ACUCUUCCCAUUUCCUCUAUAAAUCAAAACAAACCAAACCACAAGAGGUUAUAACCCAACAACACUAAGAAAGUCAAUCAUCCUCUCACCAAUGGCUUCUUCUUCUUCUUCAAUGAGCAACAAAGCCAUGAGCUCAACCAAGGGAAUUCUCACCACUGCCGCAUCCCUUGCAGCCUCAGCCAUGUUAUUCCGCACCAUCGCCAAUGACUUCAUCCCUUCCGAACUUCGCAACUACAUAUUCACAGGGAUCAAGUACCUUCACGAUCGUUUCUCCUCCGAACUCACACUUCUCAUCGACGAAAAAGAUGGUUACUCUCCAAACAUCAUCUAUCAAGCAGCCAUGUCCUACCUCAACUCCAAGAUAUCCCCUUCAAUAAGAAGGCUAAGAGUGAGCAAACAAGAUAUCGAUGACAAGAAGUUCAAUGUGUCAAUGGAUCGAGGACAAGAAACCAUUGAUGUUUUUGAGGGGAUCCAGUUCCGAUGGUGUUUCAUAAGCACACAGGUGUCGGAGAAUCCCAGGCGAUUUAACAAAGGGAGAUCACUUCGAAUGAUGGACAUGGAAGUAGAUACCGAGUUACGUUACUUGGAACUAACCUGCAAUGUCAAGCACAAGGACAAGGUCUUUGAUGUCUACUUACCAUUCAUAUUAGAUAGAUGGACUGCAAUGAAGAAUAAAGGAAGGAUACUCAAGCUUUUUAUUAACGAACGGAAGAGUUGGGCUCCGGUGAAUCUCCAUCACCCGGCGACAUUCGAGACGAUAGCAAUGGAUGCCGAGCUCAAGCAAACUGUGAUGGAGGAUUUAACUAAGUUUGUUCAGAGUAAAGACUAUUAUAAGAGUAUCGGUAAGGCUUGGAAGCGUGGUUAUUUGUUGUAUGGACCGCCGGGGACUGGCAAGUCAAGUUUGGUUGCUGCCAUGGCGAACUUCCUCAAGUAUGAUAUCUAUGAUCUUGAACUCACUGAAGUUAAGAACAACCUUUCACUUAGAAGAUUGCUAGUUGGAACUUCGAGUAGGUCAAUAAUUGUUGUUGAGGAUAUUGAUUGCUCAAUAACAAUGGACAACAGGCGUACUCCGGCUAAAAAUAGUGAUGAUGAGGGUGAAACGGUUACUCUAUCUGGAUUGUUGAACUUUGUUGAUGGUCUUUGGUCAAGCUGUGGUGAGGAAAAAAUCAUUGUUUUCACAACCAAUUAUAAAGAGAAGCUUGAUCCAGCGCUGUUGAGGCCAGGAAGGAUGGAUAUGCACAUCCACAUGGGCUAUUGCAGCCCUUGUGCAUUUAGGACAUUGGCUUCGAACUACCACAAUGUGGAUGACCAUCCCCUGUUUGAGGUGAUUGAAGAUUUGCUUAAGGACACGGAGGUCACUCCGGCCACUGUCGCCGAAGAGCUUAUGAGGAGUGUUGAUGUUAGUAUUGCACUGCAAGGACUCCACCAAUUUCUUCAAUGUAAAAAAUCAGAAGCUAAUGAAGCUAAGCAUAGAGCAAAUUGUACUGAAUCUAGUAGCAGUGAAGCCAGAGAAGAAAGCUCUGUCGUUCUUGUUUGAUUGAUGGAUGUCCAUG